UUCAGAUGUAGCUGACCGAGUGGAGGAGUAUUUAUUUUGGCAGAUUAUGGAGCUGUUCUUCGUUAAUAAUGGAAAUAUAAUGAUGUCGCAAAUCUCUGCACUCCUGCUGAAGGACUACCGCUUGCUUAAAAAGAGAGUCUCAGAAGACACAGUUACCGAGAUAUAUAAGCAGUGGUGCCUUCCUCUCGCACGACUUUCCUGCACCUUUGCCCCAGAACAAGAGCUCAGAGAGUCCGUGAUAAAGAUGGGGGACGAUCUUGACAGCAAAGGACUGACUUACGCAGCUCAUAUCUGCUUUAUGGUGGCACAAGUGGAGCUGGGUUCACGUGAUCAGUUUCAUCUGAUCGGAUCCAAAAGUUUGCCAUUUGGAAUUAAGAUCUUAAAUGAAGCCAUCUAUAGAACGGAGACGUAUGAAUACGUGCUGUCCCUGACCUCAGGCCUGGGCCAGCCUGACUUCCAGCUCUUCAAGUUAUCACAUGCUAACAGACUGGCCAUGAAUACAUUUCAUGAUGUGGCCUUUAAAUAUUGUGAGGUCAUCGCUAGGACACUUAUCUCCCUCCCAGGCAGCUUCAAAAGAACAUUUCUGGAACGGGUUAUUUUGCUAUCUCGUAACACACAGAUACAACUGAGACAGGAAGACCAGCCUGAAUGGCUUCAAGAACUUUGCAGGUUACACAGUGUCAAAGUAUCUGAGGCAAAAACUAAUACCAAAGAUCAGCCAAUGUUACCCACCAGCUCAAAACAUGAACCGAUGACUACAAAGAUCAAAGAUUUCCAGUCUCCAGAUCCAGAGCAGCACAUUAUAUCAGUUGAGGAGUUCAAUUCACGGUACACCUCUAAUCGUCUGCUGGGGAAGGGAGGCUUCGGCUCGGUCUAUUCUGGAGUCCGUAAUGAAGACGAGAGGCAGGUUGCAAUUAAAUAUGUGAAGAAGGGGCAGUGCUACAGAUCUUUCAACUCUCAUGAUGACCUAUUCAGCUUACCCGUAGAGGUGGCGCUGAUGGAAAGGGUGUGUCAUCCACCUUGCUGUAGUAACAUCGUGGAGAUGUUGGAGUGGUAUAACUUACCCUUCCAAUUUGUGUUGAUCUUGGAAUAUCCCAGCCCCUGCACAGACCUUAAAAUGUUUGCUAAACGUUACGGCGGUUGUCUGUCCGAAGGACAGAUCCGACACAUCAUGCCGCAGGUGGUUCAGGCGGUUCAACACUGCCGUGAUCGCAAAGUUUUGCACCGAGACAUCAAGGCUUCGAAUCUCCUAAUCAAUUUGGAUACAUUUGAGGUCAAGCUGAUAGAUUUUGGCUGCGGUGUCUUGCUGAAGGACAUUCCAUACAAACAAUAUUCAGGCACUCAUUUUUUCUGGCCUCCAGAGUUGGUGUUGUUCGAAGAGUAUUCCGGCAUUCCUGCCACCGUCUGGAGUCUGGGUAUACUCAUGUUCAAUCUGCUGUGUGGGGAAUACCCUUUUAAUUUGAAGGAGGACAUUGAUGAUGGGUGCCUAAAUUUAUGUCCUGGGUUGUCUCGAGAUUUUUUAGAUCUAAUUAUGUGGUGCUUGGAGCUCAACCCCAGUUUACGUCCAUCGUUAGAGGAAAUGGUCAAGCAUGAGUGGUUUACGGAAGGAGUUCCAGACCUACACCAGGCCCCUUUUAAAGGCAUGGAUAUGCAACCACCUGAAGAAGAAAGUAGUAGCUUUUGAAAGAAACUAGUGCUGAAACAACUAACCGAUUAAAUCCAUAAAGAUCGAUAAUGAAAUUCAUUGUCAGCGAAUGCUGUUAUCGAUUAUUUGGCCUGCUCAAGUUAGUUUAGCGUGGCGGCAAGAUAACACAGCCACUGGUGAAAAUGGUGGACAGUACGGGGUCAACUGGCAGCAGGAAAAACUGUGCGUCCCAAGUCAUGAAAAAUAAAACACACUGGUAUCAUGGAUGAAGGCAAAACAUCAGCACGGUGAGCAAAAACUGCAUAAUUCUCAUUAUGUGAAAAUGGUGUAGUUUGAUAAAGUGCUCUAGUGUAAAAUGUUUGCUAACUUCGGGACAGUAGCACUGGAUCUGUUCUGUCGUGACUCACGAGCAUCAGGUCACGCAAUCGUUUUGCUCGCGACUUAGUGAUUCUUUCUUUUAAACCAGUGAGAACAAACUAAAAGCAGAAAAUAACAGCAGCAAAUUUUUUAUUUAUUUAUUUUUUACUAUUUAUUUAAAAAUUGCUUUAUUUCUUUUUAUUUUUUUUUACUUUCAUUCUCUUUUUUGUCACUUUUUUCUGUUACACCAGUC